AGCGGCCCCGGCUGCCGCCUAACGGCCGCCCGCGGCGCGCGCGCGGGGCGGGAAUCGCCUCAGGAGAGCGGCCCCGCGACCGCCGGGGGCACCGCACCGCGCCCGCCGCCGAGGGACGGCAGGAGGCCGCGGGGGGCUGCCAGGCGCGGCCCGCCCCCACCGCCCUGCCCCUCCUUCCCUCCCGCCCGCGCUGGGACCCCCAAGUGCCGCCGCAGCUGGUGCCGCUCCCGCUGCCAUUGGAUUAAAAAUAGCAUCUUCCCUCCCCCUCCCCUCCCUCAGGCCCGGCUCCCGCCGCCGCCGCCGCGCCCUGCCCCGGGCCCGCCUGUCCUCUGCCUCCAUUGCCCUCGCAUCGCCCGCUCGCCGUCGGCCGGCCGGCCGCAGGGAGGGAGCAUGCAGCGGGCCGCGCUGUUCAGCGGCGGCGAUGCGCAGAUGGCCGCCGGGGACCUGGGCGAGCUGCUCGUCCCCUACAUGCCCACGAUCCGGGUGCCCAAGUCAGGGGACCGGGUCUACAAGACGGAAUGUGCCUUCUCCUACGACUCGCCUGAUUCAGAAGGAGGUCUCUAUGUGUGCAUGAACACGUUUCUGGGAUUUGGAAGGGAACACAUUGAAAGGCAUUACCGGAAAACAGGACAGUGUGUAUAUUUGCAUCUGAAACGACAUGUGAUAGAGAAAGUACCAGGGGCAUCUGGUGGAGCUUUACCAAAAAGGAGGAAUGCUAAGCUAUUUUUAGAUCUAGAGACAAACAGUGAUCUCAACAGUGAUGACUUUGAAUAUGAAGAUGAAGCAAAACUCGUUCUAUUUCCUGAUCACUAUGAAAUCUCAUUACCCAAUAUAGAGGAGUUACCAGCGCUGGUGACGAUAGCUUGUGAUGCACUCCUCAGUGCAAAAUCACCCUACAGGAAGCAGGACCCUGACUCCUGGGAAGAAGAGCUACAGGCAUCUAAACAUGCCAAAACACUUGUACAGUUAGACAAUGGUGUUAGAAUUCCCCCCAGCGGUUGGAAAUGCUCAAAAUGUGACCUGCGGGAGAAUUUGUGGCUAAACCUGACAGAUGGUUCUGUGCUGUGUGGAAAGUGGUUCUUUGAUGGCAGUGGGGGCAAUGGGCAUGCAACGGAGCACUACAAGGAGACAGGUUAUCCCCUGGCAGUGAAGUUGGGAACCAUCACUCCUGAUGGAGCAGAUGUCUAUUCCUUUGAUGAAGAAGAGCCGGUUUUAGAUCCGCAUAUAGCAAAACAUUUGGCACACUUUGGAAUUGAUAUGCUGCAGAUGCAAGUGACAGAGAAUGGGCUAAGAGAUAAUGAUAUAAAACCAAGAGUCUCUGAAUGGGAAGUGAUUCAGGAAGCUGGCGUGAAACUCAAGCCCAUGUAUGGCCCAGGAUACACUGGCAUGAAGAACCUGGGAAAUAGCUGCUACCUCAACGCUGUCAUGCAAGCCAUUUUCAGCAUCCCAGAGUUCCAGCGAGCGUAUGUGGGAAGCCUUCCACGAAUAUUUGACUACUCUCCUCUUGAUCCAACACAAGAUUUCAACACUCAGAUGGCUAAACUGGGACAUGGCCUCCUUUCGGGCCAGUACUCUAAGCCACCCAUGAAAUCUGAGCUUAUUGAGCAGGUGAUGAAAGAAGAACACAAGCUUCAACACAAUGGAAUAUCUCCCCAAAUGUUUAAGGCUUUUAUAAGUAAAGGCCACCCAGAAUUCUCCUCUAAUAGACAACAAGACGCACAGGAAUUUUUCCUACAUCUCAUAAAUCUAGUAGAGAGGAACCCUGUAGGUUCAGAAAACCCUAGUGAUGUUUUCCGGUUCCUGGUGGAAGAACGCACACAAUGCUGCCAGUCCAGAAAGGUCCGCUACACAGAGAGGGUGGACUAUAUCAUGCAGUUACCUGUUGCCAUGGAGGCAGCAACAAACAAAGAUGAAUUAAUUGCCUAUGAAUUGAAGAGACGAGAAGCAGAAGCUGCAAGGAGACCUCCACCAGAGCUUGUCCGUGCCAAGAUCCCAUUUAGUGCGUGUCUGCAGGCCUUUUCUGAACCAAACAAUGUAGAGGAUUUCUGGAGCAGUGCCCUUCAAGCAAAAUCUGCAGGAGUUAAAACUUCUCGUUUUGCUUCGUUUCCUGAGUACCUAGUGGUGCAGAUAAAGAAAUUCACCUUUGGCCUUGAUUGGAUACCCAAAAAGCUUGAUGUUUCUAUAGACAUGCCAGAUUUCCUAGAUAUCAACCACCUUCGGGCCAGGGGUCUCCAGCCAGGAGAAGAGGAACUUCCAGAUAUUGGUCCUCCAGUUAUCAUUCCCAAUGACCCAAAAGAUCAUAUGACGAACCAUUUCAUGGAGUCUCUAGAUAUUGAUGAGUCUUCAGUUAUGCAACUGGCAGAGAUGGGGUUUCCUUUGGAAGCAUGUCGGAAAGCCGUGUACUAUACAGGCAACCUCGGUGCUGAAGUCGCUUUCAACUGGAUCAUUGCACACAUGGAAGAACCAGACUUUGCUGAGCCAUUGGUCAUAUCUGCAUUUGGAGAAGUUGCUUCCAGUGGAGCAGCUGUGUUUGGAGCUGUUGGGCUAGAUAACCAACCUCCUGAAGAGAUGGUUGCAAUUAUAAUUUCCAUGGGCUUCCAAAGGAAUCUAGCAAUUCGAGCACUGAAGGCAACAAACAAUAAUUUGGAGCGUGCACUGGAAUGGAUCUUCAGCCAUCCUGAACUUGAGGAAGAAAGUGAGCCUGCUUUGGACAUGAUGGAUACGGAGAACAAUGUUAAUGCCAAUAUCCUUGCAGGGACAGGGUCGGAGGGACCCAGGAUCAAAGACGGAUCUGGAAGAUAUGAGCUGCUUGGGUUCAUCAGCCACAUGGGAACAUCCACAAUGAGUGGCCACUAUGUUUGUCAUCUCAAAAAAGAAGGAAGAUGGGUGAUCUACAAUGACCUUAGAGUCUGUGCCUCAGAACGACCUCCCAAAGACCUGGGCUACAUUUAUUUUUACCACAGGAUACCAAGUUAGGCCUCAAAUCUGUUACCUGGCUUUAAGAAGCCAUAAGCCUUUUUAACCUGUCCAAAAAAGCUUACAAUAAAAAAGAAAAUCUAAAACCAACAAAAGACCCCUAGCCCUUGGACUGACAAAAAGCAAAGGAAAACAUGGGAUAUUUAUAGUUUAUUUAAAAACAGUCAUUUGAUGUCUCCUUAAGUGUUAGAGGGAAAAUUUCUAUUAGGUGAUGUAUAAUAUGUUGUUUUAAAUUAUACACCUAAAAAGAUACCUUAAGACCAUGCAGAUUACUGGUGGAGUUUGCAGCUAGUGUAUGGAGAAAACAGAAGUUCCGGAGUUGAACAAAAAUAGCCCAGUUCAACCCAGCUCCUGCCUGUUCUGUCCAUGCAUCCACUGAAGGCCACAAAGAAAUAGUUGUUUCUUUGGUAACUGGGAGCCGGUGUUUUCAACCAGAGUCCAGACCACUUAGAGAAAUCAUACUGCAUAUAAAGUGGGAGGGAGGGGGUAUGUGGGUGUUCCUUAAAGCAGAAUGUCUUAUUUGGGGGAUCAUUUUGGGUAAAGUGAGAAAAGUCAACUAAAGUUAUCUCUGUUGGAAUUAAAUUCUAUAGUAUUUUUGGUCUGGCUUUUGGAUGCAUAAACCUAGGCAACUAAUGGACAUGGAAGCAAUCUCCCAUAAGUGCCCUCACAUUUUCUGCCAAAGGGAAAUAGUAGAUUUUAUUUUUGCAAACGUAGGUUUCUUCAUCUUCUCUUAAAUGUUUUGCGUGCUCUUCCAACAGAUUCAGGAUUACAGAUGGCUAAAAGAAGCAGACUUUCUGACUAUAAAAGUAAAUGCAUACUCUCAGGAAAGGCAAGGCUAUUUUUUAAAUUUCAUUUUCUUGUGAAGGAGGUAAAGAAGGGGUUAAUGUCCCAUUAUAUUUAUUUCAGGGAAAUCUGCAUAUAGACACUCACAUUCUCCCUGAAAUCAACUCACUGACAAAGUACUCAUAGUGCAGUACUGCUUUCUGCCAAAGAUUGCUUAAGUAGUUGUUUCAUCCAUGAGUGGGGAAAACUGCUUGGUAAAAUUGCUGAUUUAUUGAUUUGCCCCUCUCUCCUCCCUCCCUUUAAGAAAAACUGCAAACCCUAACAACCCCAAAACCAACAACAAAACCCAAACAACAAAAAUACCCCACCUUGAAAUGAUGUUUCGGCUUUUGUAAAACUUGCAAACACGCCAAUAAUGUGAUCUCUUCAACAGAUACCUUCUAAAACGGGUUUUAUAUCUCUGGCAGGGAUGAAGGGGUGGGUAGGUAGGGGCUGGCCUUUCCAGUCUGUGGUUUCUUGUUUGGUUUGUUGAUUUUUUUUUUGUGUUAUUUCAGUUUGUGUCACAGGCAAGAAUAUAUAUGUGGGGUUUAAAAUUGUAUUUGAAAACACUAAUUCUAGAAAAAAUAAAAUGGUGAGUGCAAAACCUUUCACAAUUCGAAAAAGUCCCCAAAGCUUCACAGUGUUGGCCAUUGCUUAGAGACUAUUGCUGGAGUUGCCUCAUAUAAUCUUACUGAGCCUUCAAAAUAAGUUGGAACAGUAAAAAAAAAUAAUAAAAAAAAAAAUCCUCCUUACAGAGCACAAGAGAGGCAGGGAGAUGUAAUUGCAUUUUCUGUGCGGUCAGUGCCUGCAAGUUUAAUAGCAAAAUUCAGGCAGCUACACACCACAGAAAAGAACCCCAAUUCAAAAUCUGGUUGUGAGUAGGGCAUUUUAUUUUUACCAGUGUUUGAGGAAAAAAUAGUUUUCGCUCUGGUCAUAUAGCCUCAUGCAGAGCCAAAAAACACUGUUGGUUUUUUUUAAAAUUGGGUUUUGAUCUUAAAAGAGUAUGAGAGAAAUUCUAGUGCAGUAAUUCUGUAGAGUGUAAAUGGUGCCUAAUUGCUGGGAAAGCUUCCUGUACUUGGUGCUGUUAUUGACACAAAAGAACAGCAUCCUAGCACAUUAGUAAGUGGCUUCUGUGAGAUUCAGCUGCCUUGUAAUUAUUGAGCCACCAGUUCUGGACAAAAUAAAAGCUGCCAGUAAUUUUUUUCCUUCUUCCAAGAUUUGAGUAUUUCACCAGAAAAUGCCAGAUUUGAAAAUGGGAUCAGCGGAAAAGUGAAAGAACAAAACUUCCAUAUAUCAAUGUUUGUUGCUUUUUCAUUCUGGCAGCAGAAAAAGCACAAAAGCCUUUUCUUUUUUCUUCUUCUUCUUUUUUCUUUAAAUUGUUUUGAAUGUCUAGUUAUAUUCCAAGGAAAUUCAAUACAAUAGCUUCCCUCUUGCCUCAUGAACUUAACGGGCUAUUUUUAAUCUAACAAGAUCUGGUGGCCACUACCUUUUUAUUUAGAAACCUGGGCUAAAUAAAGGCCAACAGUAGUUCCCAUGUUCAUUUUUAAACUAGAAACAUGACUGGUCUCAUAGGAUUAAGGAUGGAGCUUGAACUCUUGCAAAACCAUUUGUCUGGUACAUCCUGAAACUGGAAUGGCUGUGGGACUGAUUGAUCUCAGUUAAUAGGAGGCACACUUAGCAAGCUGGCAGGUGAUAAACUGGAAGAGGUAAAUGAAAGGGGAGAGAGAGCCUGGCUGUGCCAAGUGAGCUGUAGCAGCUUGGCUUCUGAAAUUCUUUUCAGUUCAUCACUGUUGUGUACUGCCUGACUAAACUACCAAUCAGGUCAGAAGCGCGGGGAGCAGUUAGGGGAAAGGCUUAUGGAUCUUCUAAAAUUUAGCACUUGGAAAUAUGUUAGAAGUUCUUCCAUCUGUUUAAGGAAUUAUUUUAUUGCCUCCCAAAGUAGCAGCUUCCCUCCUUUUUCAAAUGGCCAGUUAAGUCACGUCACUUUUGCGAUGGGGUAUGUGUGAAGAACAUUAUGAAUCUGGAGAAGCAGGAUGUAAACUCCUGACUCUUCAGCCUAAUGUGGGGGAGUUUGUUUUGUUCUGUUGGUUUUUUUUUAAACCAGCAUGCAGAAGCCACACUCAAACAGACUGUGCUGAAUAAAUGACUAAUUUAUCAGACUUUGCCUGCUAAAAUUUUAUGCACUUAAUUGUGCUGGGCCAGGGCUCGGUGCACAGCCUAGGCAGUGGCUGAUGGGGAAGCUCCAUGUGUCUGGGUACUGGAAGAGUUGUUGGAGGGCGAGAGCUGCUUGACAAAAAAGUAGGGGGGGGGGGGCGGAAAUCACUGAAACUGUUUGAAGCAAUCUAACCUGAGAAUUAUGGCAAUCCAAGACUUGGGAGUGGAUAGUGCUCUUAUCUCUCAGACUAAUUUUUACUCUUUUACUAUGAUACAUUUAGAUUAGGACAGUGGAAGGAAGAAAAACUCAACAACUUGUUUUCCUUUUCUCCUCUCAUUCCUAGCAGUGUGCUGUAUCCAGUAGAUCCCUCAUUCUGAGUCACAGUCUCCAGUCUUCAAAACACAUUAGAUGCAAACUCCUAUUUACUCUUCCUAGCUGAAAUAUAAUUAGGAUAAAAAUUUGAUUUAUUCAGUGCUGUGGUUUAAAAACAAGGCUAGAUGCUUUUGGUCUGGACUACUGUCACUUUUAAUUCUGCUGGGUUCAGUGGCAUUACUUCUGACUGACUUUGGUGUAACUAAAACCAGCAUCAGUCCAGUUUUUUUUUUUUAUUCAGGCAGCAUCCACUGGGUCAUAGUGCACAUUCUGAAUACACGUGCAACCAGAGCUCGUUAGAUUGUUUCAGAAGCAUCUCCAAUUCAUUCCUUUUGUUCUCCGUCCUGGCAGAAGCCAUUUUAAUCAUCUUUGCUGUUUUCAGGCAUUGAAAGACUAUGCAAAAUAUGUAACUGGACAUAACUUUUCAUUCUUUUUCUCAUCGCCCGUCCUACCUUAAUGGCUGAAAUCAGUUUCUGAUUUCUAUUCACUCUUCAGUGGUUUGACUGUUGUAUCCUGGAAGUGUCUGUACUGGUUUGCACCAAUCACGGUUGUUUGUGUAAAGCCCUGUUAAUGUUUUGGAGAGUAUUUGUCUGAGAUGAGAAAGGUUGUGAAUGCUAUCCUUGCAACUGUUUUAAAUUAAAAAGAAAUAUUCUCACAUUU